AUGGAAAACCAUCUGUUGCUUUGUAUUUUUUUAUUGAUUCCUGCCUUUGCUUCAUCAGACUUUUUGGUAGCACAUGUCAGAAACAUCAAGAAGCGAAAUGCUGAUAAUGACUUGGUUGUCAAUGGGAUAGAAAUCUAUAGCAUGAAAAUUGAUAGUAAAAUAACUUCCCGAUUUGCCCACAAUGUCAUCACCAGUCGAGCUGUCAAUCGUGGAAAUGUGCACAAAGAAGUCUUCUUCGAUGUUGAACUCCCUAAGACAGCCUUCAUUACCAACUUCAGCAUGACAAUUGAUGGUGUCACUUAUCCUGGAACCAUAAAGGAAAAAGAAGUUGCAAAAAAACAAUAUGAGAAGGCUGUUUCAAAGGGACAGACUGCUGGUCUUGUCAAAGCUUCAGGGAGAAAAACAGAAAAAUUCACUGUCUCCGUCAACAUUGAAGCAGCCAGUAAAGUCACUUUUGAACUUACAUAUGAGGAACUGCUGAAGCGACAGUUUGGAAAAUAUGAGAUGUUCAUCAAAGUAAAACCAAAGCAGCUUGUCAAAGAUUUUGAGAUUGAAGUAAAUAUCUUUGAGCCCCAGGGUAUCACUGAGCUGGAAGCAGAAGGAACAUUCAUCACCAAUGAUCUACAAAAUAUAAUUAAAAAAACUUUUUCAGACAAAAAGGGGCAUAUCUCUUUCAAGCCAACUCUUGAUCAGCAGCGAACCUGUGCAAAUUGCUCACAGUCUGUCUUGGAUGGGGAUUUUACUGUAAGAUAUGAUGUGAAGAGAACAGCUCCAGAUGAUUUGCAGAUUGUCAAUGGCUACUUUGUACACUUCUUUGCACCAACAAAUCUACCAAAGUUGCCCAAGAAUGUCAUUUUUGUAAUAGAUAUUAGUGGCUCAAUGUCUGGAAGAGGAAUAGAACAGACAAGAGAAGCACUUCUAAAAAUCUUAGAUGACAUUAAAGAUGACUUCUUCAAUUUCAUACUGUUUGGUAGUGAAGUACAGACCUGGAAAGAAACUUUAAUCAAGGCCACUCCUGAGAAUUUGGAUGAAGCAAGGAAGUUUGUUCGGGGCAUUGACACUGCAGGCAUGACAAAUUUACAUGGUGGUAUAAUGAGGGGAAUUGAUAUGCUGAAUGCUGCUCAUGAAAGAAACCUUGUACCCAAGAGAAGCGCUUCUAUAAUUAUUAUGUUAACAGAUGGCCAACCAAACGUAGGCAUAUCAAAUACUCAGGACAUUCAGGAGCAUGUAAAAAAAGCCAUUGAAGGAAAAUAUCCCUUAUACAAUCUUGGUUUUGGCUAUGGUGUUGACUACAGCUUCUUGGAGAAGAUGGCGCUGGAGAAUAAAGGAUUGGCCCGUCGGAUUUAUCCUGACUCUGAUGCAGCUUUACAGCUUCAGGGAUUUUAUGAUGAGGUGUCGAAUCCCAUGCUCACAGAUAUAGAGUUAAACUACCCAGAAAAUGAAAUAUUAGACCUAACUAAAAACAAUUUUAAGCAUUUCUAUGAUGGGUCUGAGAUUGUGGUGGCUGGGCGCUUUAUAGACAACAACCAGAACCAUUUGACUGUAGAUGUGAGAGGAGAAGGCGCUAAUGAUGCCCUGUCAUAUACUACACAACAAGAUGCUCAGCAAACAGAUAAAGCUUUCCAGGAACAAGAAUACAUAUUUGGAGACUACAUUGAAAGGCUCUGGGCUUAUCUCACCAUUGAACAACUCCUGGAAAAACGUAUUGCAGCUACAGGAGAAGAAAAGGAGAAUCUUACAGCCAAAGCCCUGGAUCUCUCACUAAAAUACAAGUUUGUAACGCCACUGACAUCCAUGGUGGUAACAAAGCCAGAAGACUAUAACAAUCAAGAUGGGAUUGCUGAUAAACCCAUUGAAGCUGAAGCACAGGCUGUCACAGGUGUUACACUGGCUCCACAAUCUUACCUAUAUACGUCACACCCCACAUGGUAUACUAGUGUUGAUGGAGACCCACACUUCAUUAUAUCAGUGCCACAAAAAGAAGAUGCCAUUUGUUUCAAUAUCAAUGAAAACCCAGGUGCUAUCUUAAAUUUAAUAAAUGACCCAGUUACAGGCAUCACAGUCAAUGGAGAACUCAUUGGUGAUAAGAGAGCAAAUAGUGAUGCAAAGAUCCAAAACACAUAUUUUGGAAAACUUGGCAUUGCAAAUAAGCACCUGGAUUUAAAACUGACAGUAACUCCUGAGAAGAUCACAAUUCAGAAUGGCAAUGAAAAAACAGGUUUCACCUGGCUUGACUCAGUCACCUUGCAACAAGAAGGUUUAACUUUGAUAAUUAACAGAAAAAAAAAUCUGGUGCUCUCAAUGGGCAGCAGUGCCUCAUUUGUUAUUGUUUUGCACCAAGUAUGGAAGAAACAUCCUCUCCACCAAGAUUUCCUAGGACUAUAUACAUUGGAAAGUGAUAAACUGUCUGAACAGACCCAUGGAUUAUUAGGACAGUUUUUCCACCCCAUUGACUUCACCAUACUUGAAAUUCAUCCUGGGUCUGAUCCCAAGAAACCAGAUGCCACAAUGAUUGUUAAAAACAAUGAACUGACAGUAACAAGGGGCUGGCAGAAGGAUUACAGAAGAGAUCCUAAGCAUGGCGUUGAUAUUCCUUGCUGGUUUGUUCAUAACAAUGGAGCUGGGCUGAUAGAUGGUGUUCAUACGGACUAUAUUGUUUCCAGUCUGUUUUAAACAGCUACAGCUUCCUCCAAAUUCAUGGCUAUCAAUGUUUUCAUUCUGGUUUCACAAAGCCCAGGAUGCCAGAUGUAUUUUGAAAUUCAACACAAGAGGACAGCUGACAGACCAGCACAUAUUUCAGGAUAAUUCAGUAGUACUUAAAACCAUCUGACCACGUGACUGUAUAGUGCUGAGGGCUGGUGCGGUGCCAUCACUUGAGAUGACUGUUAGCAUCCAGGAAAUCUGUAUUUUAGCAUUUUAAUUGAACUUAACUUUUGAAUGCCCAUAUCUUUAUAAAUUAAUGAAAUGCCACAGUUCCAAACAGCACUCAGAUUUAAGUAAUAGUAGAUAUCUUUUGGACAGUAUCUUUUUUUGUGUAAGAGCCUUACUGUCUUGCAGUAAAACUCCUCCCUCUGUUCCCGUAACAGAAUUUAUGUACUUAUUUCAGGGCAAGAAGUGUCCCAUUUAUUUAUAUAUUCAUUUUGUAUUGGGGAAAUUGUAAGCUAUUAGUUCUAAAGUAAAAAAUAAGCAGAUUUCUUA